CGGCGCCUCCCCCGUCCGUCGUCCGCCGCCCGCCCGCCCGGGAGCCGCAGUCGCCGCCGCCACUCCCGCUCGCUUUGCGCCGCUGCCGCCACUGCCCCGCCGCCGCCGUCGCCGCCUGAGUCUGCAGCCCCGAGGAGAUCCCAGCCAUCAUGUCGAUAGAGAAGAUCUGGGCCCGGGAGAUCUUGGACUCCCGUGGAAACCCCACCGUGGAGGUGGAUCUCCACACGGCCAAAGGUCUUUUCAGGGCUGCAGUGCCCAGUGGGGCCUCCACUGGGAUCUAUGAGGCCCUGGAGCUAAGGGAUGGGGACAAACAGCGGUACUUAGGCAAAGGUGUCCUGAAGGCAGUGGACCACAUCAACACCAUCAUUGCGCCAGCCCUCAUCAGCUCAGGUCUCUCAGUGGUGGAGCAGGAGAAGCUGGACAAUCUGAUGUUGCAGUUGGAUGGGACUGAGAACAAAUCCAAGUUUGGCGCCAAUGCCAUCCUGGGUGUGUCCCUGGCUGUGUGUAAGGCAGGGGCAGCUGAGCGGGAAUUGCCCCUAUAUCGCCACAUUGCUCAGCUGGCUGGGAACUCAGACCUCAUCCUGCCUGUGCCGGCCUUCAAUGUGAUCAAUGGAGGCUCUCAUGCCGGCAACAAGCUGGCCAUGCAGGAGUUCAUGAUCCUCCCAGUGGGCGCGGAGAGCUUUCGUGAUGCCAUGCGACUCGGGGCGGAGGUCUACCACACCCUCAAGGGGGUCAUCAAGGACAAGUAUGGCAAGGAUGCCACCAAUGUGGGAGACGAGGGUGGCUUUGCCCCCAAUAUCCUGGAGAACAGUGAAGCCUUGGAACUGGUGAAGGAAGCCAUUGACAAGGCGGGCUACACGGAAAAGAUCGUCAUCGGCAUGGAUGUCGCUGCCUCAGAGUUUUAUCGUGACGGCAAAUACGACUUGGAUUUCAAGUCUCCUGCUGACCCUUCCCGCUACAUCACUGGCGACCAGCUGGGGUCCCUGUACCAGGACUUUGUCAGGGACUAUCCUGUGGUCUCCAUUGAGGACCCCUUCGACCAGGAUGACUGGGCUGCCUGGUCGAAGUUCACAGCCAAUGUAGGGAUACAGAUUGUGGGUGACGACCUGACAGUGACCAACCCAAAGCGUAUUGAGCGGGCAGUGGAAGAAAAGGCCUGCAACUGUCUGCUGCUCAAGGUCAACCAGAUCGGUUCGGUCACUGAAGCCAUCCAAGCGUGCAAGCUGGCCCAGGAGAAUGGCUGGGGGGUCAUGGUGAGUCAUCGCUCAGGAGAGACUGAGGACACGUUCAUCGCAGACCUGGUGGUGGGGCUGUGCACAGGUCAGAUCAAGACUGGUGCCCCGUGCCGUUCUGAGCGUCUGGCUAAGUACAACCAGCUCAUGAGAAUUGAGGAAGAGCUGGGAGAUGAAGCUCGCUUCGCGGGACACAACUUCCGCAACCCCAGCGUGCUGUGAUCCCUCUGCCUGCCUGGAGCCUGGGACCCCCUCCCACCACCCCGGAGCCCCUUCCCGUCCUGCUCUGCGGUAUUUCACCUCGGACACCCCGCUGACCUGCUGCGCUGCUCCUGGGCUUGUCCCACCCCUGCUGUCUCUGCUUUCCCCCUCGGGUUCCACACUCUUCACUGCCCCUUCCUUCCCGUUCUCCCUCCUCGAAGACUGGCCACAGGACCGAGGAUCACAAGGGGGUCCAUGGCAGGAUGAGCAGGGUCUGCGAUGGGAGCAUCAGGGCUGGUGGCUGAGGCGUCUGGAGAGGGGCCACUUGUCACUUGUGAUCUGUGUCGGUUCCGUGCGUUCUUGUUGCGGAUGAGCCAGGCACUGCGUGGCGUGGAGGUGGAGGGAGGUGCUGGCUGCUGGUUGUGUCUGGCCUAAGGUUUCAGUGUGUUUGUUUGUUUAUUUAUUUUCAUCCAUCCUGUUAAUUAAUUAAUCAUUUCCCCAUAACUCCAAGGCUAAAAACUGGCCUGACUGGAGGUGGGGGCACUAGUGUCUGUAUUUCAUGUGGCUAUAGAUUCCGAGAUGGCCUGGGAUGGGAAGUCUUGCUGGAAUGCCAAGGCUAACAGGAAAGGGCCCUGCUGGCGGUCCCUUUGUGUGUACCAGCCCCUCUCUGAAGCCUGGCUGGGGCCAGAGGUGGGGCUGUGCACUGUGUGUGUGGGGGGGCUCUUCCCCAGACCUCUUCCCGGCUCUACCUUCCCCGUUCCUCCUUCAGCUGCACCAGAGCAACGCCUCACUCCCUGUGCCACGCUCCACACCUCUGUGGCACUGAAAUGAGCACCACCAUUAAAGUCUGAAUCACAGUGCA